GAAUGCUCUCAGUUCUUACUGUAUUGUUAUACUUAGCUUUAUUUUCUAGAUCAUGGUUUAAGCCAAUCUGUAUGUUUCUGCUUUAAGCCAAUCUGUGUGUUUCAAAUGAGAUUGAGAUUUUAUAUGGAAUGUAGAUUACUUCACAUCUGUCUAUUGCAGAGUGCAUUUUCUGGGAUGAUGCACUCUGGACUAGGCAGACAUCUGGUCUAAUCCAUUAAAAUAGUUCCUCUGUGUUCUGAUGUUUGGUUAGAGCACUACAAAACAUCUUGUUUUAUUCUGGAUUAAUCAAUCAUUUUCCCAUUGCGCUUAGUUCCUUAUUCUUACCUGUUUUCUUGGAGCUGCUCAAAUCAGAUUUCUGCAAUAAGCCAUAAGUUUGUCUUCUUCCCUGGGUAGGUUCUUCACAUUGCAAGCUUGGAAUCCAAAUUAAAAGCCACUUAACCUUCACUAAUGAAGUCUGCAGGAGAAUGAAAGGGAUUAAGUUAGUUACUUUCAGGUGCUGCUUGGUGUCCCUUCCUGAUAUUAGGCUCAGCUGAACUUGAUGUCUCACACCUUUAGAAAUGCAGGAUAUAGCAAGAUUGCCUGCUUAGUUAAAUUUCUUCCAAAAACUCAACAUUAUUUUUCCAAUUCUGUAGCAAAGGUGACCUUAUUAAUUUAUCUAAGGAAGGUUUAGGAAUAGAUCAGAGUGAGUACAGGACGCCUGUAUUUGGUAAUUUUUUUGACUCAUGAACCACCCUCUAUCAAGAUGUGACAAUAAUUGCAUAAUUGUUUUAUCUUUCUGAUAAAUAGAAAAUGAAGAUCAGAUGAAAGUAUUUAAUUUUUCAGAGAUGGAUCCAGCUAAAAUUAGCCUAGCUACUGCAUUUUCUCUAAGUUACUGUUCUUCUACAGGUAGUGACGUAGGAGGUGAUGAUAUCAUAGCAGGGAACGUGAGCAAGUACAUUGUUCUCCCGGCUGGUUAUUGUGGACAGCCUAAAAAAGGACAUCUUAUAUUUGAUGCCUGUUUUGAAAGUGGUAAUCUUGGACGGGUGGACCACAUCACAGAGUUUGAGUAUGACCUGUUCAUUAGACCAGAUACCUGUAACCCACGCUUUCGAGUUUGGUUCAACUUCACUGUCGAAAAUGUGAAAGAAUCACAGAGGGUAAUUUUCAAUGUUGUCAACUUCAGCAAAACAAAAAGCCUUUACAGAGAUGGAAUGGCUCCAAUGGUGAAAUCCACAAGCAGACCAAAAUGGCAAAGAAUACCCUCUAAAAAUGUGUAUUACUAUCACUGCCCGGACCACAGGAAGAACUAUGUCAUGUCAUUUGCGUUUUGCUUUGACCGUGAAGAUGACACUUAUCAGUUUGCUUACUGCUACCCCUACACCUAUACUCGCCUUCAGCACUAUCUUGACAACCUACAAAGGAGGAACAUGGACUACUUUUGCAGAGAACUGCUAGGACUCAGUGUGCAGAGACGGCAGCUUGACCUCCUGACAAUAACCAGCCCUGAGGACAAAACUGACCUUGAGAACAGUGUGAUGCAGAAGAAAAUUAAAAUCCCCAAACUCUCUCUCAAUCACGUAGAAGAAGCUGGGGAGGUUACAGAUUAUGGGGAAGAAGAUGUGGAGCUUAGACACAGUAAGAGGCAAGAUGGGAGGAAACAAAGUGAAGGUACACACAAAAGCAUCGAAGCAGUUGUUGCUCGCCUUGAAAAACAAAAUGGGAUGAGUCUCAGUAAUACUUCCAGCCCUGAGGAGGCUUUUAUGGAGACUUCAGAAGGGAUGAACAACAUGGACGAUGCUGUAGUUCCUCGGAUUCUCUAUGAAGAAUUGCUGAGGAGUUACCAACAGCAGCAAGAAGAAAUGAGACACAUUCAACAGGAGCUUGAGAGAACGCGGAGACAGCUUGUGCAACAGGCAAAGAAGCUAAAGGAGUAUGGGGCACUCGUGUCAGAAAUGAAAGAGCUCAGAGACUUGAACAGGAGACUCCAGGAUGUACUGCUUCUAAGACUAGGUAGUGGACCUGCCAUUGAGCUUGAAAAAGUAAAACCAGAAACAAUUGAGCCUGAACCUGAGGUACAGAAGACCUUCAGUGAGGAAGCAAAUACAUCAACAUAUUAUCCUGCCCCUGUUCCAGUAAUGGACAAGUAUAUUCUCGAGAACGGAAAGGUCCAUCUUGGCAGUGGAAUUUGGGUAGAUGAGGAGAAAUGGCACCAGCUGCAAGUAACACAAGGAGAUUCAAAGUAUACAAAAAAUCUAGCGGUUAUGAUUUGGGGAACAGAUGUUCUCAAGAACAGAAGUGUCACAGGAGUUGCAACCAAAAAAAAGAAAGAUGCCGUUCCCAAGCCACCUCUCUCACCUCACAAAUUAAGCAUUGUCAGAGAAUGUUUGUAUGAUAGAAUAGCACAAGAAACUGUGGAUGAAACCGAAAUUGCACAGAGACUCUCCAAAGUCAACAAGUACAUCUGUGAAAAAAUCAUGGAUAUCAAUAAGUCAUGUAAAAAUGAAGAAAGGAGGGAAAGUGCAAAGUUCAAUUUGCAAUAAAUUUUGGAUUUUUAAUAAAAUCUUAGUGUUUUAC